CCUCCCUCCUCAUUCCUUCCUAACUGACGAGUAGCUGGUGAACUCGCCUAGUGUAAUCUUGGCUUCCUGCCGCACCGUGCUCGGGCUUAGGGCAUCGCCUCUCUCGCCUGUCGCCUGUUUCAGAAGCAGUUAACCUAUCUCCGAGUGUCGUUUGCUCACAUUCCGGUCAAGGAUGCAUCUUCACGAAUACACAGAUAUUUGGCAAAGAAGAUGGGUGGUCGACCGGUGCAAGUGGUGUUGGUGAAAGAUGACCACACGUUCGAGUUGGAUGAGGAGGCGUUGUCGAGCGUUCUUCUUCAGGACCACGUUAAGAACAAAAACAUCGUGGUGGUGUCUGUGGCAGGGGCUUUCCGUAAGGGGAAGUCUUUCCUGCUCGACUUCUUUCUUCGCUACAUGAACUGCCAAGGGGCACCAAAUUGGAUUGGCGAUGAUGAUACGCCUCUGGAAGGCUUCUCUUGGCGGGGAGGAUCAGAAAGGGACACAACAGGAAUCCUCAUAUGGUCGGAAGUGUUUUUGACAAAACUGCCUUAUGGUGAAGAGGUGGCAGUUCUGUUGGUGGACACGCAGGGAGCGUUUGACAGCGAGAGCACGGUGCGCGACUGCGCGACGGUUUUUGCGCUGAGCACCAUGGUCAGUUCUGUUCAGAUCUACAACCUGCUUCACAACAUCCAGGAGGAUGAUCUACAACACUUGCAGUUGUUUACGGAAUAUGGCCGGCUGGCACUGGUGGAGGACAGUGAAAGCACGCCGUUUCAGAAGCUGCAGUUUCUGGUCAGGGACUGGAGCUUCCCGUACGAGGCACAGUAUGGCUCGAGCGGAGGUGAACGCAUACUGAAACGAAGACUGCAGAUUUCAGAUAAGCAGCAUCCGGAACUACAGUCGCUACGCGAGCACAUUGUCAAGUGCUUUUCGAACAUCUCUUGUUUCCUCAUGCCUCAUCCAGGCCUGAAGGUAGCAACCAACCCCGAGUUUGAUGGCAAACUUUCAGACAUCGAACCAGAAUUCAAGAAGCAGUUGGAGGUGUUUGUUCCUAUGAUACUGGCUCCGGAGAACUUGGUGAUAAAGGAAAUUGCCGGGCAACAAGUCAAAGCCAAGGAACUUGUGCAGUAUUUCAAGUCGUACCUUGAAAUAUACAAAGGAGACGAGCUUCCUGAACCAAAGUCCAUGCUGGCGGCCACAGCCGAAGCCAACAACCUGUCUGCGGUCGCUGCGGCCAAAGAGCUGUACACGGGCCUGAUGGAAGGGAUCUGUGGCGGCACCAAGCCGUAUCUCAACGUCACCAUCCUCGAAACGGAGCACCAGCGAACCAAGGACAAGGCGUUGUUCCAAUUCCGCAACAAGCGGAAAAUGGGUGGCGAGAGCUUCUCGGAGCAGUAUCGGGAGAAACUGGAAAAAGAGCUCGAAGAUAUGUACGUCCAGUUCCAAAACCACAAUGAGAGCAAAAACAUCUUCAAAGCAGCGAGGACGCCAGCAGUUUUUAUCGCAGUUGCUGUGAUAUUCUACAUUAUCUCCGGUUUGUUCGGGUUGGUGGGCAUGUAUUCCCUGGCCAACAUUUGCAACUUGGUUAUGGGAGUUGCGCUGCUGACACUUAUUCUGUGGGCAUAUGUCAGGUACAGUGGUGAAAUGAGAGAGAUUGGAGCACAGGUUGAUGAGUUCGCAAAUAUUUUAUGGGAACAUGUGAUGCGGCCCACGUACCAGAAGGUCCUGGAGGCUGGCAUCCAGCAGGCUGCUCACCAGGCGACCGAGAUGGCCAUGAACAACGGGACCAACGCGACAGCUUCCACGUCGAGCAACGGGAAGCUGAAGAACACGUGAUGCCUCGUGCGGGCUGCCCCCCCGUCCUCCCCCGAGCUUUGUGAUAGAGACCUGCCUGCUGCAGCUGACGGCCGAUUGUUCAUGUUGAACAUGUUGUUUUAGAAUAUUCUGUACAAUAAUCAAACCACCUAGUGCCUAAACAAUAAGAGUACUUUAAAAAAAAAAUUCUUCCAUUGAAAUAUUUAUUAGACUAUCAUUAAGAACCAGAUAACUUGAUUUUUUUUUUGUAGAGUGAGUAUUCUUUUAUAGGUGUUCCUUUCAGGUUUUCAGGGUGAGUUUUUUCUAUUUUUGCUAUUAUACAAACAAAACCAUACUACUAAAUAGUUAAUUGAUGUCUUUUGUGAAACUUGCGUUAAUCUUCUUUAGUAAAACAAUUUUUUUUAAGGGUUAUUUCAUCUGUGAGGCUUUUUUUUAGUCUACCUAAGUUAUAUACUGUUCAUUAAAUGCUGUAAUAAACAAACACCAUUUGUAAAUUUAUUUAAAAUUAAGUUAGGAUGCUAGGGUAAAAAUUUACUUCUUAAGACAUUUUUCAUUAUAGUUUGCAGUGUGCAAGUUACUACGUGUGGAUUUAAAAUAGUGUGUGGUGAAUUUGCAGAUAUUAAAAAUUAUGUAGUUAUUACCACUCCUUUUACUUGAGGUGUGUAAUUUUUGUAACUUAUCACGUAGGUUAACUUUUUAUAUUUAAUUAUUUGUAAGAAACAUACUAACAGAUCACUCAGUGUAUUUAUAUUUAGUAGAUUGUGUUUAGUGGCAUCUUACUGCAUUACUUGAUUUGAGCUGGCUCUGUCCUCUGCUAUAUUUAAGUAAUGGUUUUCAAUGAGUUAUAUACAUCACUGGGGGUUAUUUAACAUCAGAUUUUGAGCUGAUGCAUGUCUAUGUUUAUGUGAUAUUUUAUACCAGAAUAUGAUCAUAGUUUUAAUGUGAAAGCUAAUUGUGCUUCUAUUGCAUUGCAACACAAGCACAUUUUACUGAACUGCAUAAAAAUUAUGUCUAAUAACCAAACAUUUAAAUGUGUAAAAAUGCUUUGGAUGUGUCAGCUCAAUUUCUUAAAAAGAAUCUAGUGAAUGGUUUACCUAUUAAGUUUGAGUAUUUUAAUUACUAUAGUGUUGAUUCUUUUGAUGAUUUGAUAAUUAUUUUCAUUUUGUUUAUCAGGUACAAAUUUUUUUUGGCAGUUAUUUUCUAACAGCAUAAAUAAAUUAAGAGACCAAGCCCAUUCUCAAAAUUAUUUGUAAAUUUUUUAGGUUUGCAACUUAAAAGUAUUGUGGAAUUGAUGACUGUACCAACUGGUUUAUAGUUAUGAAUAUGCUAACUUUGCUGGGUGCUCAAAUCAUUGGUGCCCACAAGCACUUUAAAGUUUUGGGCAUAUCAUAGAAAUAUUUUAUUUUUGUAUGUUAAAAAGUGUCUGUAUUCUCAUUGAGUGAGUAUCCACCUUGUUAACUUACAGAUUUUGUUAAAUAUAUUUUAUAAUUAUUAAAUCAGUUGUAAAAAUAUUGUUACAUUUACAGAUUUACAAAAAGUGAAUCAUUUUGGGUUAGUAACAUCAUUGUGAAUGUUGAGAAGCUUUAAACUACUUGCAAUUGUUGAUUUCCUGCACUAUUUUGAGGUCGUGGGUUGUGCCAUAAUGUUGUGCGAUUCUACACUUGCCAUUCUGGUUGAUGUUAAUGUUUUCCUAUAUGCUAAUGCCCUGAAAUAUUUUAAAUGUUGAAUUAUGAUGUUAAGCUUAAGCUGCAAAGGCAAGAAGUUGAGUAUAUACAGAUUGGUACUUGCAGACACACAAACAGUGGGAAAAUACAUUUACACCAAUCCCUUACUUAGCACGACUAAUGCAUUCCUAAAAAUGUUAUCCGAAAUUGCGUAUUCUGAAGCACUGGUCUCCAUAAAUAGUAAAGCUAAUUUACUUAAUGUGUUCCAAAAUGUGUAGGGAAAUAUUCUUCACGUAAUUCAAAUGCGCAGAAUAACUCUCAAUGAUACUUUGUAUGACAAAUUUUAUGUUCUAGAGAAAUUAUGAGAUUGCCUAAACAUCCUGAGUUAUUUAACCUUUAAAAGUCUCUACAAAUUAUUCUUUUAUUAAACUGUUAGGGUGCACUGUCAGAUCUCUAUCAUAGUUUCCCAUUCUAUGGAUACUUUUCAGGGGGCUCAUUUAAUGUGGGGUGUAUUUAGUGUGGAAUCACCUUUUAAGAGCAUAGGACAACUAUGAAAUUUGUGCAGAGAAAUUAUGGAACUAUAAAUUAUGGGGGAGAUGUAUAGAUAAAGGUGUAAUGCAAGGCCCUCGGGUGUGUUUAAGAAUCUGUACGGGGCUUUUAAUGUCUAAAAACAUGAGUUAUUUCACUUUUCUAACAAUACAGUUUAAAAAAAAAAUAUAUAGAAAUAGAUAUACCCAUUGUCCUUGGCACAUUCUGGAAUUUUGUUUUUGUAAACGGACACUACUUGAAUAUAUUGAGCAGUUUUCAAAUCACAUGGUUUCUUCUGAAGCUCUGCACAUACUAUGUGUGCACAGUUAGGUUAAUUGGUAGAUUUACUUUUUGGUUUUACAUACAUAAUGGCAUAGAAACUACACUGUUUGUUGAUUGGAAGAGUAUCAAUAUUGCAAAUUGGUUUCCUAUUGGCAGAGUAAUUAGUAAAGACAAUCCAACUGUUUGUAUGUCUAUUAAUAUCAGGUACUUCUUGAUAAUUGCAGUUAAGAGAAUUAGUAGGUGAUGCAUCAUCUUCUGAUUAAUAAUUAUGAAUGCAAGUAAAAAAGUAUAGGAAAAAGAAACUACAAGAAAGAUUUUUUUUUUUCCAGCUACAUGGAAUCCUGCAUUUUGAGGAGAAAAGGCACUUGUUUAUCAGUAUCACCACCUUGUUGAUAGAUUUGACAACUAUUUUGAUGGUGAACAUACAUCAGCUGAAAAAAAAUAUUUUAUAUGAAUUCUAAACACAUUUAAUUUCAAAAUGGAUGCUCAAUCAAGUGUAUAGGUAAAAUCUACAUAGAUGUUGUGCUUUUUCUACAAACUUUUUUUUUAAAUUCUGUUAAUACAUAUAUUUAAUUGAUCUUAACAUUGCAAAGUAAUUUAUUUUAAGGAUACAAUGUCAGUCAUGUAUUUUAAUAUUUGCAGUAUUUUUAAAGCAUGUAUUUUUGUGUUUACAUUUUUGUGCAGUGUUACUAGGCACCUUACCAUAUUUUAUGCAUAAGUUACUAUUGAAAACAUGUUGAUUUUAUAUUAUGUUUAAACACUGUUUUGACAUGCUGGUAAGAAAUUUAUAAUUGCAUGUUCAAACACCUGUUUUAAGGUUAGAAUGUAUGAGUUAUGUUUAUGAAAGGGAUUAUUUGCUCUGUAUUUAUGCAGCUAUAAAAGUAUAAUUUUUUCACAAUAAGGGUAGCCCUCGAAUAUGAGUCACACUAUAUAUCUAUCUACAGUAGAAUGAAUAUAAGUCUUUGUUCCUUGUCUCAGCUUAUUUGGUGCGUAAGAAAUGUGGCACUGGUGUUGGGCCUCAGUCCUCUUUUUAUUUUGUCUGCUUUCUGUGCUGCUUUAUUACUGUAGUAGGUAGUGAGGCAACUGCAUUUAAGCACCCACUUGUCUCCAUCUCACCCCUACUGCAAGAUGUUAUUAUUAUUCCUGAAAAUUAAUGGUAUUUGUAUCCCAAAUAACAGCCCUUUGCCUAGCAUUUUGAUCCAUGUGAGUUUAAUAUUUAUAAUCAUCCAGUUGGGCUGGAUGUAUCAGAAUUACAGGAAUUUUUAACACAGUAAAACAUGUGGAAGUGUGUAUGAACUAUUGUUUAUGAUUGUCUUUUCAAGAAACCUUUUCAGUCAUAUUAAAUAAGUUACACAUAGGUUCAUUAUUUUCUGCUUACUACUUGAAUUCAGAAAUGUUUUGAAGUAUUUAACAUAAAGAUAUGAAGAGUUUAUUGUAAUUUGCAGAACAUGAUACAAAUUUUCUAGUUAUAUUUAAAGAUGGCUAAAAUAAUAUAAAUUGAUAAAACCAAAAAAAAAUAGUUCGUACACACACAUUUUACCUUACUGAGAUAAAAAACUCCUGUUAUUCUGAUACAUCCAGCCCAACUGGAUGAUUAUAAAUACUAAAUCCACAUGGAUAAAAAUGCUAGGCAAAGGGCUGUUAUUUGGUAUACUAAUACCAUUCAUUUUGAGGAAUAAUUACUACUUGCUAAAGUGGUGAGAUGGAGACAAUUGGAUGAAAGAAUGAAAUUGUCUCACUACCUCCUACAUUCAUCAGAACUAAAGACUUAUACUCAACACUGGGGGCCAUAUUUCGUAAGCACCACUAAGUUGAGACACUGAACAAAGCCUUAACUUUAUAUUCUAUUGUAAAUAGAAACAGUGUGACUAAUAAUUGUUAUCCAGCCUUAUUUGAAAAAUAUAUAUGUUCAUAGUUGCAAAUAAUCACUUAUUCAUUCUAAUUUUAAAACAAGUGUAACAACAUGGAAUAAUCAUUAUCUUAUCAACCUGUACAAAACAUUGUUUAAACAUAAUUCAAACACUACAUAUCUUGAAUUGUAACUUAAGUUAUAUAAUUUGACAAAUAUCAACUAUGUGGCAUAUAAAGUUUGUUAUUGAGAGAAAAUAGUUAACUAUAUCAUAUGCUGUAUUAUCUGGGUUGGUAAAUAAAACAAUAUUUUUAUACUAGUUUCCAAGUAUUUUAUUUAAUUAAAAAAAGACCCAUUUUGGAAUAAAAUGCGAGUACAAGUACAGUCAAUCUUCAUUAAUAUAAACCUGAAGGGACCAUAUUUUAGCACUUUGUAAUAACAAGGGUUUGUAUUAACCAAACUAUUGGGAUAUCAUAACAAAAAAAAUUGAUUGAACUUUGAAUGCCUAUAUUUACAAUUAUAAAGAAAAUUAUACACACCGUUGGUAGUAUAAACUGGCUUCACUACAUGCAUGACAAUAUGUAAACACUGAAGAAAACAAACACAAUGCAACAUUUACAGAAUAAAUCAUAAUACAAACUUAAAUAAACUUGCAUUCAUGACACAUUUUCAAUUCAAACAUUUGGUUUGAAAAAAAGCAUCAAUUCUGGUU